AUGUCUAGUUACGUCGAAGAUAAGAUGGCAAAAAAAACACAUAAGCAGUUACUAUUCUUCACCUGUUUCCUCUUUGUUAUCCUUUUCCUUUAUAUGAGGAUCUCCAGACAAGUCUCCAGCAUAAGUCAAGAUCAGAUCAAAUAUCCUUCAUUUAUAGAGCCGAUACAUUCUUCAAGGCAAAGAAGAAAGAACAAUAGCCAGCUUCUUAUUCUAGUCUGGACCUGGCCCUUUAGGGAAACCUUUCCUCUGGACACUUGCCAGUCUGCUUAUAGAAUUUCAGGAUGCAACUUGACAGUAAACCGUGACUUGUUGGGUCAGGCAGAUGCUGUGAUUCUCCAUCACUAUGAUGUUAUGUACAGUCGGGACCUCCCUCAAGGACCAAGACCUCACCAUCAACGCUGGGUAUGGUUUAACAUUGAGCCUCCAAUCGUCGUUGAGAAUCUCAAUAUUUUUGACAACCUUAUAAAUCUGACCAUGACCUACAGAGAGGAUUCGGAUAUUUUUCUUCCCUAUGGGUUUCUGAAGCCUCUGAAGGAACCACACAGUUUUAAAAUGCCUACCAAGUCCAGAUUAGUUGCUUGGGUAGUUAGCAAAUGGUACCCUGGUGCUCGGAGAAACAGCUACUAUAAGGAGCUAAAGAAGCACAUUCAUAUAGAUGUUUAUGGGAAGUAUCACCAGAAAUUGAGCUGGGAUGAUUUAGACAGCACCCUUGUCCAAUACAAAUUUUACCUUGCGUUUGAAAACUGUGAACAUGAGGACUACAUUACAGAGAAGUUGUGGAGUAACUCUUUUAAUAUGGGGGUGGUACCUGUGGUACUUGGGGCCACUCGUAAGAACUAUGAACGCUUCAUCCCUUCCGACUCCUUCAUUCAUGUGGAUGACUUUGCUAGUCCAAAAGAACUUGCAGAGUUUUUAAUGAGCUUGGACAAAGACAAUGCAAAAUAUGAGAAGUAUUUUAAGUGGAGACUAAAGUAUGAGGUAGUCAGAGAGACAGGCUGGGAUAAUAUUCACUGCAAAGCAUGCAGGGAGCUCCAGCAGUACGAAGGCUACAAAGCUAUGCCAAGUGUGGCAACGUGGUUCCUCAAAUAA